AUGAAUUUGCCAUAUUGGUGUUCCAUGUACUUUUUUUUUAUUAAACUUUUGAGGUGCUAUAAAGUAUCCUAUACAUCAUGUGGUAAUAAGCUAGUUCCACAUAAACGUGUCAGAAGGAACGACACAUUACGUUUAUUAACUGAUACAAAGGAAAAUUAUUAUUACUGUGGUGAGAAUAAGGUAGCCCUAGUAACAGGGGCCGGAAGAGGCAUUGGGAGGAGCAUUGCCAAAACUCUUGCUAAAUCGGUUCCCCGAGUUUUGUGCAUAAGUAGGACGCAGAAAUCGUGCGACAGCAUCGUGGAGGAGUUGAAAUCGCUUGGUUGCAGAUCGACAGGUUAUGCUGCUGAUGUGUCGAAUAAAGACGAAAUAACCGAAUUAAUCAAUAAAGUACUAACAGAAAACGAACAUAUAGAUAUACUAGUUAACAAUGCUGGUAUAACAAGAGACAAUCUUUACCUUCGUAUGAAAGUAGAAGAUUGGGAUGAUGUUAUAAGAACUAAUUUAAAUUCUCUUUUCUAUGUAACUCAACCAAUAGUAAAAAAAAUGAUUAGUAAUAAAUAUGGGAGGAUAAUUAAUAUAUCCAGUAUAGUAGGUAUCACAGGAAACAUCGGACAAGCAAAUUACGCAGCUUCCAAAGCUGGCGUAAUCGGAUUUACAAAAACGUUAGCAAAAGAAUUAGCUUCAAGAAACAUUACCGUUAAUGCAAUAGCACCUGGUUUUAUAUCAAGUGACAUGACCGAUAAAAUAAGUGAUCAAAUAAAGAAGGAUAUAAUUUCAAACAUUCCUAUCGGACGAAUGGGAACCCCUGAAGAGGUAGCUAACAUGGUAGGGUACCUUGCUUCUGAUAUUGCAGGGUAUAUUAAUGGGAAAGUUUUCGUAAUUGAUGGAGGUUUAUCGACUUAA